UCGCCAGCCGGAAGUCCAAUCGCUGUCAAACGCAACUGUCUUUCGUUCUUUUUCCGGCAUCUUUACAAGUGUCGUGCACACAUCAAAUUUUGCUGCGUUUUAAACAAUGUCGAAAAGAGGACGUGGAGGUUCCGCGGGAGGCAAGUUCCGCAUCUCGCUUGGUCUGCCCGUAGGCGCCGUCAUCAAUUGCGCCGAUAACACUGGUGCCAAGAACUUGUAUGUGAUCGCCGUCCAUGGAAUCCGCGGUCGCCUGAAUCGGUUGCCGGCCGCAGGUGUAGGUGAUAUGUUCGUCGCCACCGUCAAGAAGGGUAAACCGGAACUUCGUAAGAAGGUCAUGCCAGCGGUGGUCAUCCGGCAGCGCAAACCGUUCCGCAGGCGAGACGGUGUUUUUCUCUACUUCGAGGACAAUGCGGGCGUGAUAGUGAACAACAAGGGCGAAAUGAAGGGAUCCGCUAUCACUGGACCGGUCGCGAAGGAAUGUGCCGACCUGUGGCCCCGUAUCGCGUCUAACGCCGGAUCGAUAGCGUAAGGAGUUGGUUUGGAUAUGGUUUGAACUGUUUUGUGGAGAAAUUAUUCCAUGAAUUGAACGAGCAGAAAGAACUGGAAGCGGAAUAAAACAUGGAAACGUUGGUGAGAAAACAAUAUGUUGAAAAAAGUGGUGUUUUCGGUGUUGAUGGUUCAAGAUGACAAGAUCCUGGCAAGGCAAGUCCAGUUGUAUGUACUGCAAAGCAAGUGAUUACUAAGUCACGUUCAAGUCUCAGGCAAGUGUUUUAACGUAAAGUGGGUCAAGUGAAAAUUAAAGAAACUAAGUUGAAAACCAGAAUGGUUGUCUAAUGAAGUUGGAUUUUUUUCCAACAACAAUAAAAUAAACAAAUUACAAUAAA